AUGGGGGGGUGUCCUGAUACUCCAUGUGAGCAGUCGCAUAGCUGGAGAGCUCCCGAUGCCUGGAUAGCUAAAGACCCGGUUACCCCCUCUAUCAAGUUCCAAUGGGGAAUAAAAAGAAAUCUACAGCCUCUCAAGAAUAUAUGGAGCAGGGCUCCAGCAAAAAAUCUGGACCUGGAUCGGUAUUUCCGAGAAAAAGUGAAAGCCCUGACUCACGAUGAGGACAGCAACAUGGCGGCGGCCCCACGAGAUUCUGACUCACCUCCUCACAGUCCAGCGUUUUUGGACCAGUCAACCAUAACCAGAGACACAGAGAUAAAGGAGAUGCUGCAGAAUAUUCCCUCCAAAUCAGACCUUGCAUCUAUGUUAGCAUGCCUGGAGGAAUCGAUGCAAGAACAAAUUUCCAGUAUCACCAGGGAUUUGCACCACGUGGGAGAGUGGGGGAGUUGGAGGACGAAAAUCUUCUUACUACAGCUGCAAUUAAAGCUCUGGAAACAAGACAAGAUGGCAUUGAACAAAAAUUUCUCACAAUAG